UUUAGGAAUCAGAUGCAGUGCAUGUAUGGUAUGUGUAGUGUUACAUGCACGAAUUUGACACUGAAAUGGUGGACAUAACUUAGCUAGAAAACAACUAUGGUAACGCAGGCUCACACGUAUGCCUCAUUAUCAGGACCGUACAUCAUAAAAUUGGGAGGCUGAGGAAGUCUGUGAAGAUGCCAGCCGGAGUGUCUUGGUCUCGUUACCUGAGGAUGUUGGGAGCCAGUAUGCUGGCCAUGUUUGUAGGAGCACAGGUCGUCCACCAGUACUACCUACCUGACCUGAGUAUACCAGAUAUGCCACCAAAGCCUGGGGAGCUUAAGACAGAACUGCUGGGCUACAAAGCCAGACAAGAAGCUAUUGCUGCAUUGGAGCAGUUUAAAGCAGAAAACAAAGUGGACUGAUGGACACAUCCUCUGUGACGGAGGAAAAGCCAGAGGCUGCCACGUGCCCUGGACUGAAGUCAUUUGUGGGACAUCAGCAAAUGGAUGUUUUCUUCUCAUGGAACAAAUCAAGAGGAAUAAAAUGCUGCUCCACUGUGGUCUGGCUGCCCAGGAUAAGGUGGAUAAGGAUCUUAUCCAGAAGAAGAUUAUUUGUUUGAAACAGCCAUUUGUAUCCCUCUGUUGUUCAUCUCUUAAUUAUUUUUCUAUGUGUGUGCAUUAUCAGAAUGCAAGAGAGUAAAAGUACUUCAUAAACACAGAAACAGCUAAAGUCAUUAAGUUAUUCUAUUCUGUUCAAAAACAAGAUUG